UGUCAGCGGUGUCAGCCGGCCAACUUUGCUUGUUUUUGAUUGAGUUUCAUUCCGAUAGUUUUGUUACAUGUCGUGCACGUAGACGUUCGUCUGCACCGUGGCGGUUAAACAUUGUUUUUAUUCGAAAACUCAUAUCUGAACAUGUGGAAUCAGCAUAACCAACUUCAAACUCAGAUGCUGAUUCGUGCUGACGAAGAUAAAAUGAAUGAUUGUGUGUGAUGUGUGAAAUAGUGAACAGGUGACAUACAGUUCAAACCAUAUGUUUCAGUUUUCCUACACGUUCCCCUCGACCAUAUCAAAACAUACCGUGUGGCGAAUCAUCGUAGUUUUAAAUGAAAGGAAAAAGCGAAGCGAUUUCUGUUCAGAUGAAUAAAAAUGUCAACAGAAGGAAGCGGCGAGACCACCUCGACUGUACCAAGUUUGCCAGGGGCACCGGAGCAGACGUAUCUAUUUCCGAAGGCGAAGGGGCACUCGAGGUCGAUAAGCCAUGGGGGGACUCCGAUGCUCGCGGGGAAUCCGGCGGCGGCGCGGCCUCUCAAGUCGGCGCUGCGAGGGCACCAGCGCGCGCUGUCGCACGGCCAGAUCGGCGAGGGCGGGCCGCGCGCCGCCUCGGGCCCGGGCCACAGCCGCGCGGGCAGCCGCACGGACUUCAUCCUGCCGCCCGGGCACCGCGAGCCCGCGCCGGCCAGCGCGCAGCCCCGCGCGGGCUCGGUGCGCGUGCACCACUCGCGGCAGGCGUCGCGCUCCGACUCCAUAUACACCAUCCGCCGCAGCUCCGAAGUGGGCCCCUGGCGCCGCGCCUUCUUCUGGAUGAUCCGGCGCCAGCAGCCGGCCAUAGACACCAGACAUCUGGUAGUCAUCCCCAACCACUUAGUGCCUGACAAGACCCCCCUGAAGGACCACCCGAACGGACAGAGAUGUGAUAACAAAAUCAGGACUACGAAAUACACGCUGUUGUCCUUUUUACCAAAGAACUUGUUCGAGCAAUUUCACAGGAUUGCCAAUGUGUACUUUAUAUUUAUAGUUUUGUUGAACUGGGUGCCGGCGAUCAAUGCGUUCGGCAAGGAGGUGGCCAUGCUGCCCGUGGUGUUUGUGCUCGGUGUGACGGCCAUCAAGGACUUGUUUGAGGACCGAAGGAGACACUUAUCUGACAAAAGAAUAAACAAUUCUUUCUGCAGGGUGUAUAAAAAAUCAGCGGAGCGAUACGUCAGAGUGAAAUGGCGAGACGUGCGAGUGGGGGACCUGGUGCACUUGUCGAACAACGAGGCGGUGCCGGCGGACAUGGUCCUCCUGCAGUCUUCCAACCCGCUCGGCAUCUGCUACCUCGACACGUGCAACCUGGACGGCGAGACCAACCUGAAGCAGAGGAUAGUGGCGCCAGGUUUCAGGGACAAGCAAGCGGAAUUCAAUCCACUAAAAUUCCGGAGUUCAGUGGAAGUUGAACGACCCUCUACAAAAAUAUAUCGGUUUAAUGGCACGAUAUCCCACCCAAACGGGGACAGAGUACCGCUUAACUCCGAAAAUCUGCUAUUGAGGGAUUGCUUAAUCAAAAACACUGAUUACGUAGAAGGAAUCGUGGUAUACGCGGGACACGAAACAAAAGCUAUGCUCAACAAUGGUGGUCCCAGGUACAAAUGUUCAGGUUUAGAAAGAAAAAUGAACACUGAUGUCAUAUGGUGCGUUCUGGUGCUUCUCUUCCUCUGCUGUGCCGGCGCUGUCGGCUGUAAAGUAUGGUUAGACCAAUACCAUCCUCUGGUGGCCAAAUUCACGCCGUUUCUUCCACAACCGGGCAAGCCGGCAUACGAAGGGCUGCUCAUAUUCUGGACUUACAUAAUAGUGUUACAAGUCAUGAUACCGGUGUCUCUCUACGUUACGAUCGAAAUGACGAAACUGCUGCAAGUGUACCACAUACACCAGGACGUCGAGAUGUACGAUCCUGAGACGAACACGCGGGUGGAGUGUCGAGCGUUGAACAUCACGGAGGAGUUGGGGCAGAUCAAUUACUUGUUCAGUGACAAGACGGGGACGCUGACGGAGAAUAAGAUGGUGUUCAGGCGGUGUACAGUGAACGGCGUGGACUACGACCACCCGCCCGGGCCGCCCACCGAGCCGUCGGCCGAGCUGCCGCCCAUCGUCACGCCCAUCACCAGCGUGUCGCCCAACAGGAGGAUGCUCCAGCACUUGUUGGACAACAACGACGCUCAGCAUACGCAAAAGGUCCGCGAGUUCCUGCUGAUAUUGGCAGUUUGCAACACGGUGGUGGUGAGCCUGCCGCACGUGGACUCUAUGCAGUUGAGCGACUCCACCUCGGGAGACGUGCAGAAACCCUCGCGCUCCAACGGCACCCUUCGAUCCAACGACAAAUACGCCAGACUGACUGAAUCCCGGUCGACGACGCCGUCGCCGCCGCCCUCCACCUCACCCCUCAGAAUUCGUCUGCCGAAGCUGCCUUUUGGCUCGCGAGAGGAGACUGAGAGCGAGCCUAGUACAUCGACUGCAGAGCAGCAGUUUGCGCGCUACGAGGCGGAAAGUCCCGACGAGCUGGCGCUAGCGGAGGCAGCGCUCGCGUACGAAUACGAGCUACGGUGCCGCGCGCCCGACGAGGUCGAGGUCGGCAUACGAGGCGAGCUUACGAGGCUCAAGGUGCUGAGGGUGCAGCCCUUCGACUCCGUGCGGAAGUGCAUGUCCGUGGCGAUACGCACGCCCACGGGACAGGUGGUGCUAUACGUGAAAGGCGCUGACAGCACAGUCCUGGGAGCCCUAGCGCCAAUGCGCGCCGGCUCUGCCGAGUCGGCCGCCUACGAGAGGACCCGCUCGCUUCUGUCGGAAUACUCGCGCGCGGGUCUACGGACGCUGGUCAUGGCCAAGCGGACGAUGCAACCGGCUCUUUGGGAGGAGUGGCUCGCUGGCCACGUGAGAGCUUCCGAGAUUGGCGAAGGUCGAGAGAAACGCAUUCGCGAUUCACUGGCGCGAUUGGAGAGCGCCUUGACGUUAGUCGGGGCCACCGGCGUCGAAGACCGACUACAGGAGGAUGUGCCGCGGACCGUGCGAGCGCUACUGGACGCCGGCAUCGUGGUGUGGGUGCUCACCGGCGACAAGCCCGAGACCGCCAUCAACAUCGCCUACUCCGCCGCGCUGUUCUCGCAGAGCGACCGCCUGCUGCACCUCAUGUCGCGGGACAAGGAGCACGCGGAAUCAACGAUCAAGAGUUACUUGGAAGGCGGCGCGGGCGAGCGCGCGGGCGGGCGUGCUUUGGUCGUGGACGGGCGCACACUCACGUACAUCCUGGACCGGCGCUCGGGGCUCGUGGCGCCCUUCAUGUCGCUGGCGCGGCGCUGCUCCGCCGUGCUGUGCUGCCGCGCCACGCCGCUGCAGAAGGCCUACAUCGUCAAGGCAGUGAAAGAAGAAUUGGGGGUGACUACGUUGGCGAUCGGUGACGGCGCCAACGACGUCUCCAUGAUUCAAACUGCUGAUGUUGGAAUCGGUCUGUCGGGGCAGGAAGGGCGGCAAGCGGUGAUGGCGUCAGACUUCGCGCUGUCGCGCUUCAAGUUCCUGGAGCGGCUGCUGCUGGUGCACGGCCACUGGUGCUACGACCGCCUCGCGCGAAUGAUCCUCUACUUCUUCCUCAAGAACGCCUCAUUCGUGUUCCUAGUGUUCUGGUACCAGCUGUACAACGGGUUCUCGGCCAUGGUCAUGAUCGACCAGGCGCACCUCAUGUGCUACAACCUCAUGUUCACCGCCAUCCCGCCCAUUGUCAUAGGUGCAUACGAUCGCGUGGCGCCGGGCGCUUUACUAACGGAGCGGCCGGGCCUGUACAGCGCGGCGCGGCGCGGGCUGGCGUACCGCGCGCACUCGUACUGGCUCGUCCUGGCCGAGUCCGUCUACAUCAGCGUGUGCAUCUACUUCACCGCCGCCGCCGCCUACUGGGACACCGACGUGGGGCUCUGGUCCUUCGGCACCGUCUGCAUGACGGCCUGCCUCGUCGUCAUGCUGCUGUACGUGGCCAUCGAGACGCGCAGCUGGACGGUGAUUCACGUGCUCGCUCUGAGCGGAUCGCUGCUGUCGUUCUUCGUGUUGACGCUGAUCUACGAGUCGGCGUGCGUGGUGUGCUUCGGGCUGCCGAGCACGCACCGCGUCAUGCAGCACGCGAUCGCCGACCCCAUCUAUUGGCUCGUCGUCGUGCUCAGCACAGUCAUGGCGCUCGCGCCGAGGCUGGCGUGGCACGCGGCGCGCAACUCGGUGCGGCCGGGCACGCUGGGCCGCGCGGUGCUGGCGCGGCGCCGGCGCUCGCGCCUGCCCUACGCUGCGCACUACCGCUCCGCCAACGCGCACGCGCACGUCUACAGAUCGACUGACGAGGAUGGUCUCCAAAAAACGCAGGCGGAGGUGGCCGCGAUCACGUGACCUCCGCCACGCGCGCCGCCACAUACCCUAGGCUGUGAUCUGUCAUACAACUUGUAUCGUAGAGUAGUGAUGUAUUGCGCUUCACGCGGGACCAAGCCGGGGCUCGCCUCGGCCUCACCCCAUGUUGCGGGGCCGUUGAACUCAUAUAAAACGAUCGAAUGUUAUUGAAUAACUUAACGAAUGUUAUGUGACUUCGCAACGAGCGUUCUUCAAAUGUUUCAGGAAGACAUCCUUCUUUAUAUGGGAUCGAUGGCUAUCACUAUACAGUAUAAUAAUUUUAUCCUAACGCUUUGUACUUAUACCCCAAAAGACUAUAUUGGACGAAUUCACCGCUCCUCACACGUUCACUUUUGUACGCGUAUUGCCGUUUACCUUUUGUAUCUUAACGUUAACUGGUUAGAAUCUAGUCUUCAUCGUAACUGUAAGUAAAAUGGCGCCCAUCACUUGAAUUGUUCUUUGAUCUGCCAAUUUUAUUUAAUAUUACUAGUUAUUUUUAAUCAGUAUUUACGAUUUUGAUCAGCUUCGAAUAGAACUUGGUAUUUAUGUAGAAAUUAAGUAUGAGUGAUGUUUUUGAUCGAUUUAAAUUUAUUGUAAAAGUUUUUCACAUUGAGAUUAGACUUCCGGAUGCUUGAAAAGUAAACGAUUGUCGCCUGAUAAUUCGCUAUUAUUAAAGUUAUAUAAAACAAUAUACAAACAACGCAGACUCGUUAACAUUGCCUUGAUGACCAAUUAUAGUUAAUCAAUGCCUCAACUUGAAAAGUAGUAAAUAGAGCCGGUGUUGAGUGAUGAUACUUAUGCAAUCUUUCAAAGUGUUCAUUCUUGAUCGUUGGAUAUAUACUUGUGUAUUAUUGCUGUUCUAAAGGAAUGGGAUAGAUAACAACCAAUGUGUAUUUUUCUAGUAGUUUGUGUCGAGCGACUCCCAAGCGCUCUGGUCGCACGAAAUGCACCCGUUGCGUUAUUUCACAUACUUCAUGUUAAUUAAUCAUGUUAAUACAUAAUAAAAAGAAUCUUUUCGGUACUAUACAAAGUCUCUGUAUAGCAUAGAAUGUUAAAAUGGUAUUCCUCCUAGCAGUACGUAACAUAACUUUUAGCGUUAUCGAGCGAGGCUAUAGCGGCGCGUGCUGUCAAUGCCGCAUGUUGUUAUCAGACUUAUACAUUCCAUUGUUGGUGUUAUUUAAUUAAGCCUAUCGCCGAUUGUUAGCCGAUACGUCACGCAAGUGCCUUGUUCCCAGCGAUAGGUGCAUUUCCUGCAGAUUUACAAUCCUGUCGAGUGAUUAGAUGAUUCCUAAAAGAUAUGACUAUUUUAUAUUGUUUCUAGCCGUUUGUAUAUAGAGACGAAUAUAUAUUUCUAUAUGAAUGAAGAUUGUUAUAUGUACAGUAGGAUAUUUUUAUAUAAAAAAUCUUUGUGUAAAUAACAUGUAUGUUCUAAGACUGUUGUUCAUUUUAGAGCUUUUAAUUUGUUUAGUUAAAUUAAACUAAUAGGUUAUUGUGUUAAAAACAUGUAUUUUCCAGUCAUUUCGUAGAGUACGCCGCGCUGGUAGUUCUGAUAUUUUUUAUGUCAGGAUAGAUGAGUUUCUUGCCAUAUUGUGAAAUCGGAACUUAGUGAUUAACAAAUUUUAGUACAAGUUUUAUUAAGCUAAAUAAUUAUGUAUUGUCAGCUUUUCUAUUAUAUCGUAGUUACUUUGAUCUGUAUAAUUUUUUUGGAAAUAAACAUUAUCAUGGUAUUGAUGGGCAAAAGCCAAGAAAGAUCGUAACAACUAGUCUUAUCAACGAAAUUGGGUAUUAUAGUACCAGUACUUAUUAGAUUGAUUGUUGACGAUUAGUCUUCUGUUAUACUUCCGCGCCCGAGGGCCCUUGUGUGGUAGUUAAGUCAUUAUUAAUAUUGUUGUGGCUUAUCACGCUCGCUUCUUCCAUCGUUGUCUUUGUAUUUUAGUCUUCUUACAUUUACAUACUUUAUGCAUUUAUGUUUGUGAUAUUAACAAAAAUCUUGUUCCAGACUAAGUAGUGACUAUUGACAACCAGAUCAAUGACUAGAAAAUACAUUUAUACAUAAUUGUGUUGUU